CAGUUGAACAGGAACAGUCGAGCUGGUCUGCAGCAGGAGGAGGUGGACUUAGAACCAGCGUGCGUGAGGCAGAAGUUACCGGCUGAUAGUAAGACAGCGAACCCAGAAGAGAGGUGAAAUGAACCCUUGGAAACAUAUGUGGCAGAGAAUACAUGAUCAGAGGACCAGGAGAGCUGCAUGAUUGUUGGACACCGGCCCUCUUAAAGGUUAAGAAAUGGGCCAGACCUCAGUCUCCACUCUGUCUGAGCAAGCCAGUGUUGAUGGGUUAGACAAAGCUUCAAUUGCAAAUUCUGAUGGACCAGCCCCUGGAUCCCAGACUCCUCCUUUCAAGAGAAAGGGCAAACUCUCUACCAUUGGUAAAAUCUUUAAACCUUGGAAAUGGCGGAAGAAGAAGACCAGUGACAAAUUCAGAGAAACAUCAGCAGUAUUGGAAAGGAAAAUUUCAACCAGACAAAGCAGAGAAGAGCUGAUAAGAAGAGGAGUGCUGAAGGAAAUGCCUGAGCCAGAUGGCGAUGUAACAGUAAAUUUUGAAACCUCAAAUGGACACACUAUAGCUAUAGGUGAAGAAGUUGUACAGGAAGAAAAUGUAGUAAAAAGCCCAGAAGACAAUGGUUCCAUCUCAGAAAAAAUACCAGCAUUGGAAGGAAAAAAAGAGGAUAAAAAAGAAAGUACAGAUAAGUGUCCAGAAACACCGGCAUCCCACGCUCCACUACCACCUAAGUCUAAGCCUAAAGCUAAAAAAUCACCGAUACCACCAAAAAAUGUCACUGCUGCUUCCACUACCACAAGCCGUAAGAAUAAUGAAGCAUCUCAUGUUAAAAAAAAAGUCAAGGCACCUACUAAACAGCCCCCUGCCCCACCUCCCAAGCCAACAAGCCACAGUGCAAAUCGAGAAGCUGCUAGUUCCUCUCAUGGAAAAAAAAUACAAGCCUCCAAGUCAUCUUCUUCCCCAGCUCCUUCAUCUACAUCAUCUCAUCCUAAAGCCUCAAAGGAGACAACUUCCAGUAAAACAGGCACAUCAGGGACUGCUAAGGGCAAGAAAAAACCUGCAAAACAGUCAGGCCCACGAACAGGACCAGAUGGGGCUGUUUUGUCCACCUCAAAUGUAGUAGUCAACAAUUUAGAAACAAAGGUGGAAAACUCUGUGCCCAAGCAACCUCCAUUUAUCAUUUCUGAAGCUGAAGAUACUGACCAGCAGAUCAAGCUAAUUGUCCCUCCUCCUCCCACCGCUGCUCCUCCUCCCCCCCCAUCUCUUCCUACUCUAGCCAGUCAGUCCACAGUCUCCUCCGAUAUGCAAGAUAUACCAGUUAGUUCCAGAGCAGGCCUUUCUGUCCCUGUUUCAGAUGUUAACCAUCUUCUCCAGACUGAAUGUGAAACAGAGAAUGAGAAUGUAAGCAGCACAGCACUAGACAACAGCCUUGAUGUUAGUGAAGAUGCACAGUGUUCAGUUACCCAAGAAGACCAAAAAGAGGAGACUCCUAACCUAACAGGUCCUGAACCACCAGAAGAGCCCUCCAAGAAUGUUGCCCCUCUAGAAAGCGAUAGCAGCAAAGAGAACCACACCAGUGACUCCGAUUCCGAUGGGCCAAUACUCUACACUGAUGAUGAUGACGAUGACGAUGAUGACAAUGCAAGUACUGAAAGCUCUUUGGCAAGUAAAAUCCGUCGGAGGGAUACUCUUGCUAUCAAACUUGGCAACAGACCAUCUAAGAAAGAAUUGGAAGACAAAAACAUCUUGCAACGUACAUCUGAAGAGGAGAGGCAGGAAAUCAGACAUCAGAUUGGAACGAAGCUAGUAAGGAGACUUAGCCAGAGGCCCACAACUGAAGAGCUAGAGCAAAGAAACAUUCUAAAGCAGAAGAAUGAAGAAGAGGAACAGGAAGCUAGGAGGGAACUGAAGCGCAGACUCAGUAGAAAGCUCAGUCUGCGGCCCACAGUUGCUGAGCUUCAGGCAAGAAGAAUCUUACGUUUUAACGAGUAUGUGGAGGUUACAGAUUCCCCAGACUAUGAUCGCCGUGCAGACAAGCCAUGGGCCAGGCUAACCCCCGCAGACAAGGCAGCAAUACGGAAGGAAUUGAAUGAAUUUAAAAGCACAGAAAUGGAAGUACAUGAAGAAAGUCGACAGUUUACAAGAUUUCAUCGCCCAUAAUUAUUUGACAGUAUCCUUUGUUUCAUAUACUAAUUUCCUUUGGGGAAAUCAUUGCGUCCUGAAGACCUAAGAUUGCACUGGAACUGGAUCGAGUGUGAAUGUGUGUUGCAGCUUAUCCUAAGGUUAAUGAAGGAUGUGGCUCUCAUCUUCAUCACAGAACCAGAGUUUUGACCAGGAGGAGAACCCAGAUAAAGUAUUCCUUUUUAACUAACCAGCGUUUUGAUGGUAAGAGAGACUGUCUUCCUGUGACAAGCUCACGUGGAUAGUCAAAUGAUUUUUCGUCUGAGGUUGAUGAGACAGAAAUUGCUGAAGACAAUCGUUUGGCAGCCUGUUGCCAGGCACUCAUCAGACUUUAUACCAUGGUGACUGAGGGAAAUUGUGUGGAACAGGAAGAGUGAAAGAGAGUGAGAGAGAGAGGGAGUAUGUGAAAGAGUGAGUGAGACUUCAUGUGUCAGUUAACAGAGAAAAAGUUAGAUCAAAGGUAGCAAAUUCUUUAUGGAACAGUUUUAAUGAUAUAUUUGGCCAGUGGGAGGAGAAAGUUUGUAAAUCCAAGAGCUUGAGCAACUGCACUUGUGUUUUUUGAGAGAUCUCAGCCUGUCUCACCAAGGCAGUAAACCAUCAAGUCCUAAUUUCAUAAGUACUUUAGCGAAGUACAGUCAUUUUUGUGGUGCCAGUGAACCCAGUUGCCAGAAAUUACUCUUGGUAUAAUUCAGAUGUAUUUUUUAAAAUUCUGACAAGCAUGCUUGAAGAAAAUACAUUGAAUGCUCAUAUAGAAUAGCUAAAUAUGCUUUUCAUUUUUAAUGCCAUUAUACCUUGGAUCCUCCCUGAUUAUGCAUCAGAAUUAAAUGGGCAGGAUUAUAAGGACAAAAUGUGAUGUGAUGAGUGCAAAGAAAGGAUUCAGGUUUAAAAACACUCCUUUGUCUGUUGCUCCACUUACUGCCAAAAAGGUGGUACGAGCCUCUGUGGCAGACAGUAUCGACAAUCGUAACAUCAUUUGAAUCCAAAACUGAAAUCAGGCAUAAAUUUCCUUACACAGUUUAGGCAACCACUUCUUUAGUUUAAGAGCUGUGUUAGAUGAAUCCCUUGGAUUGCUUCUAGAAAGAAUUAACUUGUGGAUCAAUGAGUCUUCAACAAGGGCCUUGUAAAGGCUACAGAAAAUCCUUAAAAUGUCUACAGCCUAUUUUUGUUGUGUGUGAAGAAUGCUUAUUAGCUCUGCAAUUUUUUUAUACUAUCUUGGAAUUGUAUUUGUGAAUACAGUACUAUUAAAAUUAAAUGGUAUGGAGUAUGAAAGGCAAUAUGUGCUUUUGUUAUGUUGCCCUAAGGCCAAUUACAAGCCUAUGGCAUUGUUUACACUAAGAAAUUCUCUGUCUUAUAUAGCACUUAUUUAUCCUUUGAUUAAUGUACACAAUGAUUUUUCUGGGCCUGGAAUUCACAUAAGCAUACAUGUAAUGCAGUAUUACAGUAUAUAUACUAUUUAUCCUUUUUAAUGUGUGUACAUAUUACAAUUUAUUUUUGUCUUUCAUGUGCCCUGUUUAGUUUCUAAUUAUGAAAAAUGAGUAUUUUUUUCAGGCAAUAAAAGUUCUGUGUAGAGUGAUUUUUACCUCAGAACCUGUAA